GUGUGAAUCACGGAGAUAGAUGAAGUCACUCCCUCCCUCUCUCACAAGAGACUGCCUGUACAUAUGUACAGGCAUGCGCCGUCCAUGGAAUGGAUGCAUGGCCAUCGAUUAUUUCACUUCAGGCUUGCUUUCUUGGCGUGUCCACAAUGUCUUCAAGUUGGUCUGCGAAUGCUUCCAGGCUGUAGGCCUCUCGCACGCGGCUCUUGGCAGCCUGACACCACCCCUGGUAGACUUGUGGCUGUCUCGUUUUGCUGUCCAGCACCCUCUGCAUGGCGGUGGCGAAACUACUGGAAUCAUCCUCACACAAGAAGCCCUGCCAACAGACAGACAGACAGACAGACAGCAGAGAGGACAAUGGAAUGCAUCAGUGGCUCCUAUGCCCUCACUUGUGAGACACCCUUUGUUUUAUGUCUGGCUGUCUGCCUGCCUGUCUGUCUGUACAUACAUACAUACCGUUUGUCCGUCGAUGACGGUCUCCCUGGGCCCCCCCGAAUUGGACGCGAUGACCACCGUGCCAACCGCCAUGGCCUCACACGGCACCUUGAGUACAUAUAUGGCACAUACAGCCACACAUGAGAAAGGCAGGUAGCUGGAUAAAUGGAUGGAUAAAUGGAUGGAUGGAUGGAUGCCUCACUGCGUGAGUGACUGACCAUGCCGAAGUGUUCCUGUGUGGGUGUGUAGAUGAGUGCGGUGGCGUGGUAGAGCAGCGACCACCUGGCACCGUCGGUGACCGACUUGAGGAAGCAGACCUGGUCCUCUGCAAUACCCAGCUCAUCCCUCCGACGCCGCAGCUCCUUCUCGUACUGGCGAUUCUCGGCCACACGGAUGUCAUACCCACCUGCUAUCACCAGACGCGCCUGCUCCGCACCUAUGCCACCCUGCACACACACAGCAGCUGCGGUGAUGUUGCCGACCUGAGAGAGAGGUGUCUGUGCAUCAGGUUUGAGUCAGCCACCUGCUGUUUGAGCAUUGCGAAAGCCUCGAGGGCCCUGGCUAUGUUCUUCUUGCGUUCAUAGCGGUUGAGGGAGAGGAAGUAGGUGGCCCGCUGGUCGAAGGGACACCUGAUUGAUGAGGGAAUGUACUUGCUGUAUGCAGUGUGUGGGUGUGUAUGCCCACCCCUGAAUGUCCUCAAGUUUGUCCUCCUUCCCCUGUGCCGCUUGGGCCAGGAAGGCAUCCACAAUGGUCAGGUCCACUGGUGGGUACAGCACCACAGGAAGCCAACGACUGCACACACAACACCGACUUACUCAGGGAUGGACGGACGCAUAGUCAUCAUCAAGAACAGCGCUUUGUCUGUGCGUGACCCGACCCACCUUAGUGAGGGAAAUGUUUGUUGGAAGACGUCAACGGUGAACUGCGAGUUGGCCAGCACGACGUCGGCACACCCUGACACGAUACCCAACACAGUGGGCGCCUCGCCUCUGGUGCACUUUCUCCCUCCCUCCCUCCCUACCCGUGCUCCAUUCUUCAAGUCUGUCAAGCGGCCACCUGGCAUAAAGGAAGGCCAGUACACACAGACGUACAUGGAGGGAGGGAGGGAGGAAACAACACUCAUUCGCGUUCUCACCUCCCUACCUCCAUACCUGUACAAGCGCUUGACGAGAGAGGAGCGGUCAGUGCAGAGAAGCAAGUCGGGGAAAUGACAGUAAUACACCACCUGUGACACAUACCGCGCACACACGACAGUCAGGCUGUUGUUCCUCGCAACCUGGUCUCUGCACAUGUAUCUGGCUGGCUGGCUGGCUGACUCGUUGUGUGAUGCGCUUGAGCAAUGGGUUGAGAGCCGCGAGCUGAUCGUUGAUAAUGACAUCGUACACACGCCCUGCAGUGCACACACCACACCACACCACACACACCACACCACACCACACCGCCCAGACAGCCAAGGCAGUCAGUCGGUGUAUUCCUCUGCUUGUGGCGGUGCACAGCACAGGCACGUACAUACCGACCGCUAAGUGCCACUUUGAAGACGACAUAGACCAGUCGAACGAUGGUGCAGAGGAGAUGACAGCGGCCAAACACGCUGCGAGGCAGCCAGUCGCCAUAUACCUGCACUAACAGAGUGCCUGUCAGUGGUGGUGUGCACACACAAGUAACAAAAAGAUACACACAUCACAUUGGAGGCAGUGCAGUGCAGUGUGCUAUAGCUAAUUAACAGCCAUCCCAUCCAUGAGGUGCUUUGCUUACCAUCUCUGGUUGGUGUGAAGCAGUGGUUGGGAUCAUGGUGGGCGGUGUAGAUGACCACACUGUGGCCUUUCUUCUGCAGGCCGCAUGCCGCAUGCACCACCAGCUGCUCGGCACCGCCUAAACCCAGAUCUGGAUGAACAAACGCCACACGCAUCCGGGAGAUCGCUGUGGGAGG